CGUCGUGGCUACCCGAGCUUUCUAAACCUGGACCACAGCGACCUGCUUUCUAUUCUUCAGACGCGCUGAGACCUGCUUUCUAUUCUUCAGACACGCUGAGCUGGUUUCCACUUUAGGACUUCUCACUAGUGCCUCUGCCUGAAACACCGAACGAACGGCACAACUCAAAUGCAGCCAAUUCAGGAAGUCUUCCCUGACCAUCCCAGUGCAAGCAGCACGCCCUUCUCCAGGGCUUCUGUUUCGUUACCCCGCUUUGUUUUCUUGUCAUUUAUCCUCUGUCUCAGUCCAUCCAUGGGCCAGAGCCCUCGGUCACUACAGAGCCUGAACAGUGAUGACGUUUGCCGAGGACAAGACUUUCCAGUAUAUCCGCUAUCAUUACCGAAAUUUUGACCGUAUUCAUGUUCUGGAGAUUCUGCCUCACCUGUCUUGCCUCACACCAAGUGACCAGGACCUACUGCGGGCCUGCUACGACCGCAGAGGGAACCAGAACACCAUCUGGGAACUCUUCAACAGCCUUCAGCGCCGGACUGGCUGGGUGGAAUACCUCAUCCGGGGACUGAAGGCUUGUGAGCUGGUUGGUCUCGCUGACGAAGUGGCCCAUGUCUACCAGAGCAACCUGCCCUUGAACCAGAAAUGCCCUCCUGCCCCACUGGAGUCACCGUCAGUUCCUGCUGAGGUUCCAGGGCGCUCCACACCUGCUGUGGCCCCCAGUGCCUCCAACAACAGCGACAGAGACGAGGAUCCAAGUUACCCCAUGCCUGUUCAAGACACCCAGUCACCAGAGUCCCUGGGGGAGAGCUCAAAGAAGGCCCCACAGACAUCCAGCUCUGGGGCUAUACUGAGCAGGCCCGGUGGCCCCGUGGAGCCCUCCUCUGACAUGGCAGCCCUCAGUCCUCUGACCUCCAGUGGGCCUUCGGAGCAGGACACAGAACUGGGCAGUACCCACACAGCAGGCGUGGUCUCUAGCCUCACAUUGCCCCGUGGGCCUGUGUCUCCGACUGUCUCCUUUCAAGCCCUGCCCCGUUCCACCCGCAGGGCAAGCGGCUUGCCUGGACCCCCAGUGUCACCUCUGUCUACUGGUACCUCCUCCUCCUCCACUGGCUUGCCUUCGGCACGGGCCGCUGGUGACCAGGCUGAGACUACCAUCUGCACCAGUGGGGCAGGGGUGCCCAACAACUCUGUGACAACCAGCACAGCGCCCUCCAAGUUGCCCCUCCACUCAGCAAGUACCAGCACAGUGCCUUCCAAAUUACCCACCAGCUCAAAGCCCUCUGGCAUAAUGCCCACUAAUGUGCUCACCAGUCUAGCACCAUCCAAAUUGCCCAUUAACUCAACGCGUGCUGGCACAGUGCCACCCAAGGUGCCUACUGGCUCGGUCCCUGACCACACGAUGCCCAUGAGCACGGUGCCCAGCAAGGCGCCUGCCAACCCAGUACCUACCGUCAGGAGCAGCAACAGACCCUCAAAGGACACUCCAGUGUCUCCGGCGUCCACAGGUGCCACCACUGGAGGCAGCUCGCCCGGUGCAGACAGCAGCGUUGAGAGCUUGGGCUCAGGGUCAGAGCUGAGCAAGCCAAACAUGCUGGUAUCCCGGAUGGACAGCCAGCCAUUUUCUGGCUGCUCCGCGGACCUUGCCAUCAGCUACAGUGACAACUUGAGCGUGGGCCCUGACAACAUUCCAGAGGAGAAUGAAUAUAGGUCAGCGGACAUCCUGAGGAUCCACGUGGAGGAGGCUGCCAGCAUCGACAACCUGGCUGGCAACCCCGGGACACACGCUGCCCAGCAGAUCCAGGUGGAGGAGGAGGAAGUGCUGUGCAGUGGGUGGGCCCACUCGGCUCCGUGGCUUGGGGCAGCUGCUGCUGGGGCACUCUUGGCCAUGCUCCUGGCCGUGCUGUACCGGCGGCGCCUACCCCAGUGAACUCCCUCAGCCCUC